AUGACAAAUUCGUGGGAAACCAAGGCUGAGAUAUGCCGCAAGAUUCUCACGGACUCCCUGAACCAGGAAUGGCUUCUUCCACAAGCACAAUUACCUCCUCAAUCCACAACAAAUAUCAUGACGUUUCCUGACACGUGUGGGAAGCUAACUGAUCGCGAGACGGCCAUCACCAAGUUGACAGCAGAAGGUCUAACAAAGAGAAUGGGGAUCGGCGAAAUGACUGCUACUGAGGUAGUAAUCGCCUUCCUCAAACGCGGCCACAUCGUUCACCAGCUAUGCAACUUUGCGACCGAGUUUUUGGUCAAAGAGGCACUUGAGCAGGCAGCAAAGCUCGACAAACAUUUCGAAGCCACGGGCAAGCUAGUUGGACCACUACAUGGUGUACCGAUCUCUGUGAAGGAACACUUUGGUUUCAAGGGCAAGGUGUGCCAUUCGGCCUACGUCUGCUUCAUUGACCACAUUCCAAGCGAAGACGCCUUGAUCUUGAGAAUACUCCGCGACGCAGGCGCGGUGCUCCACGUCAGAACAAAUGAGCCUCAGAUUUUAAUGUCUGGCGAAACCGACAAUCCUAUCUAUGGCGUGUCGGUUAAUCCCUUUAAUCGAAACCUCACACCCGGAGGGUCUAGUGGUGGUGAAGGCAUUGCCGUGGGCACGCACUGCUCAGUGAUUGGCCUAGGAACAGAUAUUGGAGGCUCUGUCCGUGUGCCGGCCGCGUUUUGCGGAGCGUACGGUCUGCGCACGACCGCGCUACGAAAUCCCUACAAGGGGAUUUUCUUCCAGCCUGACGGACAGGAAAGUAUUCGAUGCAUCGCUGGACCUUUGGCAAACAGCCUUGAGGACAUCAACUUGUUUGAGAGCGUUGUCUUAGGCAGUGAACCAUGGGACGAAGAAACCAGUUUGGUACCUCUUCCAUGGAAGAACAUGGCGCCACCGAGUGUCAAUGAUCUCACUGUGGGUGUCAUCUGGGAAGACGGUACAUGUCGACUCCACCCACCAAUGCUUCGUGCGCUCAGAACAGUUGUCUCAAAACUCCAAAAUGCCGGGGUAAAGGUGGUAGAUUUCGAGCCAUUUGAGCAUUCAAUGAUUGUGGAUGUCGCAAAAAAGCUCUUCUUCGCCGAUGCAGGGCAGUCACAGAAAGAAAUGCUCGCUGAUGGAGGAGAGCCAAUCGUGGCCCUGACACAAUUUGCCUUUGAUUUCGCCGUGCGAGAGCCCAUGACUGUCAGAGACAACUGGGCUCUGAACGAUAAGCGGGAGGGGUAUCGAGCAACAUACCAUCGUCUAAUGAAAGAACGCGGCGUCGAUGUCAUUCUGUCGGCUGCAUACCCAGGUCCUCCGGCAGAGUUGGGAACAUUUCAUUACUGGGCCUACACAACUGUUUGGAAUCUCCUAGACCAGCCAGCAAUCACAUUCCCAACUGGUUUGAGUGUCGAUCAAGACCUGGAUAAGCCCUUUGAGAAAUUCACCCCACGGUCGGACGUAGAGAAGAAGGAGUUUUACAAAUACACUCCUGAGAGAUUCGCCGAAGCUCCACUCGCUCUCCAGCUGACAGGCAAGCAUCACCAGGACGAACAAUUGGAGUAUAUCGUUUCAGCCAAGCCUGCUGCCUGGCAACUUUCGAUCCUUUCGUCACUCGACGCGAUCCUGGCGCUGGCGUCCAAGGAGCACCGAAUCGAAAACGAACUCGGCCAUGAUGCGGAGGCUAUUCAGCUGGCACGACGUACCGUCGAGGUCACUCUACCUGACUAUCCUAGCCUAGCCGCCUGGCUAAACAAUCUGGGGAUUAAUCUUAAAAGACGAUUCGAGCAGACAGGCCAGAUGGGCGAUCUAGAAGAGGCCAUUCAGGUGGCACGACGUGCCGUCGAGGUCACUCCAUUGGACCAUCCUAACCUAGCCGUCUGGCUAAACAAUCUCGGGAUUAAGCUGAACGUCGGCCAUUCCUGCGUAUGUGCAGUGCCGUAG